AUGAAAGUUUUAUAUAUUUAUAUAUUGUUAUUGGUUUGUAAAUUUUUAUUUGUGAAAUCAAGUUGCUCUUUAAAAUAUGAAAAAAUAGAAUGUACAAAUGAAUUUGAAACAUUUGAAUUAUAUAAUGGUACUGUUGUCAAUGUAAAAAUGGAUACAGUUGGAGGGAGAUAUUAUUUUAAUCCACUAAAGUUUCCUUACAAGAAUUUGCUAUGCGAUUUAAAUAUUUUAAUUAAAUUCACACCAGAAAUCCCAUCAUUCCCAAAUAUACCCACAACAGGUGGAGAAUUCGGGUUCACCUUCAACUUUCCUUGCACCUAUAAGCGAACAGUCAAAGAAAUAGGAACAGAAAGAACUUUAUUAUCUCUCAGUUUUGAUACAAGCAAAAAUCAGUUCGUUACUUACUUGGAUCCAGGGUGUGGUGCUUUAAAUUUGUUUUUUGAAAAUAUCCAGAUUUUGAAUUCAACUUUUGAAACUGGUGCCAUACCCAAUGUACCAAUUCUCGAUGAUGAUAAAGGUAUUUUAACUAUUCAAGGUCGUAAUCUCUACAACACUUCAAUUAAAAUUUAUUCAACUAACAUUCUGAAAGACACCAACCCUAUUGGUGCACUAGAUACUUCCCAUUCUUCUGUCACAUUCUCCGCUGAAGAAUUUUUAACUCCAAAUAAUUGGACAAUUGAAGUCUCAAUAUGUGGCUCAUUUUAUAAAAGCUAUUCCUACCCAUAUUUACCGGUGCUCAUCAAAAUGGAGGGGGCACUUAAUGAUAAUGGUUGUAAUAUGGUAUUUACUGGAAAGCAUUUAAGACCAAAACACAAUGUUACUGGUACUUUUGGUAAUAAAACUAUUGAGUGUCUCACAACCAAUUCUUCAAAAAGCAUAACAUGUACCAUUCCAAGUCUUAAAAGUUAUGGUUCUCUUGGUUAUGAUAUUCCUGUAACAAUUACUAUUGAUGGAGAAUACAAAUCAAAUACAAUUAAAAUAUCAUAUGAUAUUCCAAGGUAUACUUUUAAAAUAAAAAAAUAA